GACAACCCAACGCGAAUCUUUCAUCUGCCCCCAACUCUUCGUAACAAGACGAGCAAACCCAAGUAGUAGUGGUGUGCUCCUUGCAGCAACCCAAUUUUUCCUGACGAAACUCAAAAUUGCUCGUGUUUAAACGAUGGCUUUGAGUUUUUCUACGUUGGUUUUCUUGGUUUUAAUUGUUCAGUUACUUAAUCUUUCUUUUCUGCGAGUCUAUUGCUCUUCGUUGUCAUCGAAUGAGUUCAAAGAAAUCCCAGCUAAUUUCCUCGGCUUUGGUAAGCAGAAAGAGUUUUUUGAUUGGAUGGUUGGGAUCAGAAGGAAAAUACACGAGAAUCCGGAACUGGGUUAUCAGGAAUUUAAGACCAGUGAACUGAUUAGAGCAGAAUUAGAUAAACUAGGUGUUCCCUAUAAACACCCGGUUGCAGUCACUGGUGUUGUUGGCUUCAUCGGGACUGGUCAGCCGCCUUUUGUUGCUCUAAGAGCUGAUAUGGAUGCUCUUCCUAUGCAGGAAUUGGUGGAGUGGGAGCACAAGAGUAAAAUCCCUGGGCAGAUGCAUGCUUGCGGCCAUGAUGGCCAUGUAGCAAUGCUUCUCGGUGCUGCAAAGAUCCUUCAGGCGCAUCGCAAGGAUUUGAAGGGUACAAUUAUUCUUGUUUUCCAACCAGCAGAGGAAGGAGGUGCUGGAGCAAAACAAAUAGUUGAUGCAGGAGCAUUAGAGAAUGUUAGUUCUAUCUUUGGAAUACAUGUUGCACCUCAGUUACCCAUCGGUGAAGUGGCAGGUAGAGCUGGUCCUCUUUUGGCUGGGAGUGGCUUCUUUGAAGCAGAAAUAAGCGGAAAAGGAGGUCAUGCCGCCCUUCCACAUCAUUCAAUUGAUCCAAUAUUGGCAGCAUCCAAUGUGGUCAUUAGCUUGCAACAUCUUGUAUCACGUGAAGCAGAUCCACUGGAUUCACAGGUAGUGACCAUUGGAAAAUUCCAAGGAGGUUCAGCAUUCAAUGUAAUUCCUGAUUCUGUUACAAUUGGUGGCACCUUUCGUGCUUUUUCAAAGGAUGGCUUAAUGCAGCUCAAGCGGCGCAUUGAAGAGGUGAUCACAGGGCAAGCUGCUGUGCAGAGAUGCCAAGCAACUGUGAAUUUUUUCACUGAAGAAAAACCGUUAUUCCCUCCAACCAUAAAUCAUGAAGGCUUGCAUGAAUACUUCCAAAGUGUUGCAGGGGACAUGCUUGGCUUUGAUAAAGUUAAAGAAAUGCCACCAUUGAUGGGAUCUGAGGAUUUCUCAUUCUACCAAGAGGUGAUACCCGGAUAUUUCUACUUCCUAGGAAUGCAAAAUGACAAGCAGAAACAACUCGAGUCUGUCCACUCUCCAUACUUUGAGAUUAAUGAAGAUGCACUUCCUUAUGGUGCCGCGCUUCAUGCCUCGCUAGCUGCAAGGUAUAUUCUUGAACACCAAACAAAAGUUGUUUCACCGGAAGGUAUAUACCAUGAUCAUGAUGAAUUAUGAGCUGAUUAGUCGGAUGUCUUUACAAUCUGUGUGAUCUCCAUUUCCACAUAUAAGCACCACCAAAUUUGAUUAGAUUUCAAUUUGUCAGAUGUGUACUGACUUGUUAGUCAAAUUUCAAAUCCUUGUUUCAAGUUUCAAUAAAAAACACCGUUUUGUUUUUUGCUAGAUAA